GGAUUCCCACCUCUACUCUGGCAAAGUUAUAUUGUUGUAAAUUAACGAAAGAAAACGAAAUUAAAAAUUAAUACACACAACAACUCCGUCGACAUUACGAUUAAAUUAGUUGGAAAACGAGAAUGCCAGCAGUCGAGGAGACUCAAAUCGUAAAGUAUCUAUCAAAGUAUAAAUAUGUGGCGGCCACCAAAAAGGAUGUGGUGGAUGUUGUCACGACAUAUCGGAGCUUAAGUUACGAUUUACAGAAAUUCGUCUUCAACGAUGGAACAUCCAAGGACUUAUUCACAUUGCAAGGCACCAUACCCGUUGUAUACAAGAGCAACACCUAUUUCAUUCCCAUUUGCAUAUGGCUAAUGGACACUCAUCCACAAAAUGCCCCAAUGUGCUUUGUGAAGCCCACUCCUACCAUGCAGAUCAAGGUGUCCAUGUAUGUGGAUCAUAAUGGCAAAGUCUACUUGCCAUAUCUUCAUGACUGGCAGCCCCAUUCAUCCGAUUUGCUAUCGCUAAUCCAGGUGAUGAUUGUGACAUUUGGCGAUCAUCCGCCAGUAUAUUCAAAGCCCAAGGAACAACAAGUGACACCGCCAUAUCCCAACAAUUCUUUUAUGCCGCAACCAGGUGGUGCCAUGGGAGGUCCUGGAGCAAGUAAUAUGUUUCUGCCUUAUCCCAGUGCUGGUGGCAAUUUUCCGCCAUAUCCCACAGGUAACGCCAAUUUCGGUCCCUAUCCACCAGCACCUGGAGGUGCAGCAGCAGGAGGUGCUGGUGGCUAUCCACCAUACAUGAAUUAUCCACAAACAGCUGGUGGUGGUGGAGGUUAUCCACCAGCUGGCGGCUAUAGCCCAUCGAUGAAUGCUACUUCAACUGGCACAAUUACCGAAGAGCACAUCAAAGCAUCACUAAUCAGCGCUGUCGAGGACAAACUGCGUCGCCGCAUACAGGAGAAGGUGAACCAGUAUCAGGCUGAAAUCGAGACAUUAAAUCGCACCAAACAGGAACUGGUUGAGGGUAGUGCGAAAAUUGAUGCCAUCAUUCAGCGAUUGGAACGAGAGCAAGUGGAUAUGCAGAAAAACAUAAAUGUGUUGCGCGACAAGGAACAGGAGCUGGAGAAGAGCCUGGAAAGUUUGGAGAAUGCAGAGCCCAUCGAUCCAGAUGAGGCAGUGACUACCACAGCGCCAUUAUAUAGACAAUUGUUAAACGCUUACGCCGAUGAAUCUGCCACCGAGGAUGCCAUUUAUUAUUUGGGCGAGGGACUGCGAGGCGGCGUAAUUGACUUGGAGACAUUCUUAAAGCAUGUGCGCACAUUGUCGCGCAAACAGUUCAUAUUGAGGGCCACCAUGCAAAAGUGUAGACAAAAGGCUGGCUUAGCCGGCUAAGAGAUUGGGGCAGUAUUGAAUGCCUAUACCUACGUUUACCUAUACCUCCCUUAUUCCCGACUUAAUCAUCAUAUAAUUAUGUAUUCGAUAAACACCACGUGAAUCUAUAAAUUUGAAUGUUUAAUUUUAAUAAAUUAAAUGAAAAGAA